ACCAGAUCAAGUCCAUAAACUGUUCUACUGAACCAGUUCUAGUUCAAGGCCGGUUUGUUUCGGCCAAUAGAAAUGUAAAAUUCAGACAUGCUGCUGGCUCUACAAUAUAUAAUGAAAUUGCUUUGUGA